CCUUAUAGGACCCACAGCGAUGGAAACAGAUGGACGACGCGACUCUCUGGGGCACCAAUGAUGUCCUGCUGAAUGCCACUGUGCGUUCGUGCCGUCAGUGCCGCGCAGGGCCUUGCCACCAGGGCUGCUCUCCGAGCCGAGCUUGAGUUUUGCAGCGGAAUAAUUGGCCGCCGUGCGCACCCGUGACACACCCACAACGUCUAAAGACGCGCACCGCACACGUGUAAAUCGCAAACCUCCAGCCAAGGCGCUGCCGUCUCGCUGAAGAGCACUUGCUUGCCUGAGAGCAUCUCUGGAUCUCGCAGCCGCCGCAGCGCUGUACGCCACCGCCGCGUGAGCGUCGCAAAAGGCUGCUCCCCGAGAAAGCAGCCAUGCCACAAGCACCAACCGAGGAGCUGCCGCACCGCGCGAGGGUAGUGCCGUUCCGGUUCGCCGACGUCGGAAUAAUAAAUGUAAUACUGCUACCGAUCCGCAUCACGAUUUGGAUCGGCGUCUGGGUCUUCGCAUUAAUAGCCACCCUCGCGUACUCGUACCUGCGAAGUCUACCUGGCGCGGACGCCCUAUAUAGAGCCGCGACGAAGGCAUCGUCCUACAUCCUGUUACGAAGCGCGGGCUUCCGCGUGCGCAUCGUGGGCGCCGCUCUCGCAGAUGAUUUAGCAAGCACAACAAAGAACCGGCACGCGGUCGUCGCAAACCAUAUAGCAGUCUACGACCCCUGGACUUUGAUGUGUGCCGUCGGGCCCGUGGCCUUUGUAGCUAGACAAGGCUUGUUCGGCGUGCCCGUGGUUGGAAGGGUGUUGACCGCGAUGGGCGCCGUCGGCGUGGACCGACGAGCCACGGCGUCGCCGGGCGGCGGCGGCGCGCGGCGGGAGAUCAGUGAAAGGUUGAGCGGCGAUGCCGAGGUGAGGUGGCCGUUGCUCAUCUUCCCGGAGGGCGCGACGACGACGGGAAGAGGUUUGGCGGCGUUCCGGUCCGGGGCCUUUGCGCCGCGCGCGCCCGUGCUGCCCGUCGUGAUCUCGUAUACGUGUCCAUCGGGCUUCGAUCUGUCGUAUACGGACAACCAGUCGACGGCGUCGGCGGUUCUAUGGCACUUCGUGCGAUCACUCCUCGAACGCGGAAAAACCAUCGACGUUAGGGUAUUGGAGCCCUUGCGACCGACGCCGCUCAUGCGCACGGACGCGGCGACGUACGCGGGGGCGGUUCGAGCGGCCAUGUUGGAUGCGAUGCCCGGCGCGCGCGACUGGCACGACUGGGACAACCGGCGCAUGCGGGACGCGUGGUACGGCGCCGACGCGGCGUCGAAGGACUAGGUCUUCUGUUUUUGUUUCA